CUCCUCUUUUUUCGGUCGUUUCUCUAAUUACUAUUGCUCGCUGGUGAUUGAUCGUCCGAGGGGACCUGCUUGCGAGAUUUGUUGAGACUACUCCCGUCCCGAUUUUCCCUGCACGUUGUUGCAACGGUUCUGUUCUGGUUACGCCGUUGAGCUGAGUCGGGUUUUAAACAGCGUUUCCCCUUGAACCUGUUCUAUUUUUCCAUCGCAAUCACAACUGUGUACCACGCGAAACGCAAUCAUGUCUGAAGACCGUAUUCUUCGUCCCCGGCCGCGACGAGCCUUCAACCUCACCCCAGAAUCCUCCGAAGCGCCCACUCCAGCUGAACCCGCGAACCCGGACUUCCUCAGCCCCAAGGACGCCGAGUUGAACAACAUGAGCCGCAACGGAUCCAUCAUGAACCUGACCUCUUCUACCUUAUUCGGUAUCUACUCCCCAACAGCCUUCGACAGCACCCGCGAUGAGUCCAGUCCCUGGGGUACGGAAGCUCACGCCCCCGGCGCCGAGCAUCCCAGGCCGGAAUUCAAGCUCGAUGGUCCGGAUCGGUUUACGCUCGAGCGCACCCGGUCGCGAUUGAACCAUGGGCUGUUCCGGGGUGUGAUUCUGCCGCGGGCGCUGCGCAGUGCGUUCUUGUUCGGGUUUGGGAUUGUGUAUGGUGUGAUUACGGUGCAUCUUCAUGAGAAUCAUUGGAUUACGCCGGUGAAGUUGGAGAAUAUUCACUACUACGAGUCGUGGCAGUAUCUGGGUUUCUGGGGGUUGACUGGUAUUGCGUUGGGGAAUGUGCUUCCUUGGUUGGAUGUUUUCUUUGAGGGGACGGUUCCUGAUACUGUUCGACGGACGAAGCAGACCCAUAACAAUGAGGAUCGCACUUCGACGUGGGUUGCUGCUGUUCGCAGCGUUGGUGCUUUUGUUGGGAUUGCUUUUGCUAUGCGACGACUUCCAUGGGAAUCCACUACGCAAGCCUCCUUGACCCUCGCGCUCGUAAACCCCGUCCUGUGGUAUCUCAUCGACCGAACCAAGACCGGAUUCCUGCUGUCGACAGUGGUGGGCGUGGCCGGAAUGGGCCUGGUCCUGGGACUGAAACCGGAAUUAACGCCUUCGUCAACCGAGAGCCCACCCACUACAUUUGGUCUGAACAGUACUGGGUUGGAAUUUGCAUUUGCGACGGGAAUAACGCAAGAGGGUAUUGCUGUGCGGACCUGGAUCGCCAGUGUUCUUUUCUGCGCGUGUGUAUGCUUUGGCAAUAUUGGACGGCAAUUGACAAUUGGAGGAGCCAAGGAGGCAUUGAAGAGUUGAGCUUUGCAGGACGAGAUUUUCACAUGAGAUUUGGUUUUUUCUUCGUCUCCGAUUGGCAUUUUUACGACAGGCAUAUUUUUCGUUGCGUUUUGGAUGGCAUGCAUGGCAUGGACUCGUACAGAUAGCUCAUAGCCAAUGUCAAGCAGCAUGAUUCACGAGCUUUGAACAAUCCACUCACUACAGAACUACUAGACGUGUUGUAGAGUCAGUCAUUGCAGUCCCUACUAUUGAACCCCAGUAGGAGUUCAAGCAGGCACUGCACCCAAGACCGACCCUUUGCCAGAGGCAAUCCCUCUCCAUUCUACAUGACGAUUUCCGUACUUCAUAGGAAUGUAUCCUCGUAGGAACGCUUUUGGAAGAAUGUUG